AUGGGCUGUGUGCAAUGUAAGGAUAAAGAAGCAACAAAACUGACGGAGGAGAGGGAUGGCAGUCUGAACCAGAGCUCCGGGUACCGCUAUGGUACAGACCCCACUCCCCAGCACUACCCCAGCUUCGGCGUGACCUCCAUCCCGAACUACAACAACUUCCACGGGGCCGGGGGCCAAGGACUCACCGUCUUUGGGGGUGUGAACUCUUCGUCUCAUACUGGGACCUUGCGAACGAGAGGAGGCACAGGAGUGACCCUGUUUGUGGCCCUUUAUGACUAUGAGGCACGGACAGAAGAUGACCUGAGUUUUCACAAAGGAGAAAAAUUUCAAAUAUUGAACAGCUCGGAAGGAGAUUGGUGGGAAGCACGCUCCUUGACAACUGGAGAGACGGGUUACAUUCCCAGCAAUUAUGUGGCUCCAGUUGACUCCAUCCAGGCAGAAGAGUGGUACUUUGGAAAACUCGGCCGGAAAGAUGCUGAGCGACAGCUUUUGUCCUUUGGAAACCCACGGGGUACCUUUCUUAUCCGUGAGAGUGAAACCACCAAAGGUGCCUAUUCACUUUCUAUCCGUGACUGGGAUGAUAUGAAAGGAGACCACGUCAAGCAUUAUAAAAUUCGCAAACUUGACAACGGUGGAUACUAUAUUACCACCCGGGCCCAGUUCGAAACCCUUCAGCAGCUUGUACAACAUUACUCAGAGAGAGCCGCCGGCCUCUGCUGUCGUCUAGUCGUUCCCUGUCACAAAGGGAUGCCGCGGCUUACCGAUCUGUCGGUCAAAACCAAAGAUGUCUGGGAAAUCCCUCGAGAAUCCCUGCAGUUGAUCAAGAGACUGGGAAAUGGGCAGUUUGGGGAAGUAUGGAUGGGUACCUGGAAUGGAAACACAAAAGUAGCCAUAAAGACUCUUAAACCAGGCACAAUGUCCCCUGAAUCAUUCCUUGAGGAGGCGCAGAUCAUGAAGAAGUUGAAGCACGACAAACUGGUCCAGCUAUAUGCCGUGGUGUCCGAAGAGCCCAUCUACAUCGUCACCGAGUAUAUGAAUAAAGGAAGUUUACUCGAUUUCUUAAAAGAUGGAGAAGGGAGAGCUCUGAAAUUACCAAACCUCGUGGACAUGGCAGCACAGGUUGCUGCGGGAAUGGCGUACAUCGAGCGCAUGAAUUACAUCCACAGAGACCUGCGGUCGGCCAACAUUCUCGUGGGGAAUGGACUAAUCUGCAAGAUCGCCGACUUCGGAUUGGCCAGGUUGAUCGAGGACAAUGAGUACACGGCAAGACAAGGUGCCAAGUUCCCCAUUAAGUGGACGGCCCCCGAAGCAGCCCUAUAUGGGAGGUUCACCAUCAAGUCUGACGUGUGGUCUUUUGGAAUCUUACUCACAGAGCUGGUCACCAAAGGAAGAGUUCCGUACCCAGGCAUGAACAACCGGGAGGUGCUGGAGCAGGUGGAGCGCGGCUACAGGAUGCCCUGUCCGCAGGACUGCCCCAUCUCCCUCCACGAGCUCAUGAUACACUGCUGGAAAAAGGACCCCGAAGAGCGGCCCACUUUCGAGUACCUGCAGGGCUUCCUGGAAGACUACUUCACCGCGACAGAGCCUCAGUAUCAACCCGGGGAAAACCUGUAA